GAUAUUGAAAAAUUGUUUUUCUUGGACAGGUCGCGGAUUGAGAGGAUGAACAUAUAUUUUCCUGUUUGAGUUAUCACGUCAAUGUGAAAUUCCAUCUGAACCCAGUGCCAUCUACAUUGGAAGCAAGGGUGCGGUGCGUCGCAUCAAAAAUGAACCAGUACCCUUUUUUAUCCCCCGAUGGGUAUCGGGGUUUUCCACCAAAACAACCCGUAAAUCCGCACGUAUUGCCACCCUCUUCACCGGCCAGCACGCUGCCUGUCUCCACCGCCGCUAUGUUACUAACCACCGCCCCGCUACCGACUGAUUUACCGGGCACACCGCCGUUCAUCUAUACCCCUUCCAAACAUCACCAACAUCUCCAGGUUUCCCAGCGAGACAGAUCAUCUGAUGAAGAGGAUAAAAUGCAAGAAGACGCCGACAACACUUCAGAAGAGGAAAAGAACUCCAGCUCCAGCAACAGCUCGGCAGAGGAGCAGGAUUCAGACAAUGACAGCCAAUCAGAAGCAGUGGCUGCCUCGGGCUCCGCCUCCGACUCCAAUAAACAAUCAGCAAGUGAUUCGGACUCUAGUAGCCAAUCAGACAAUGCGAGCUCAGACUCGGAUGAGAGAUCGGAGGACAACUCGGAUGUUGACAUUGACGACGAGGAUGACGACGAUAAAAAUGACGACGAUGAUGAGCAAGAAGAUGAGAGUGAAGACGAAGAAGAUGAAUAUGAGGACGAGGAGGAAAGUGAUUCCAAAUCCAAGAAGCAACAACGGGGCAGCGGAAGAAGAACUGCUACUCGACGAGACAGCUUGAAAGAGUUUUGGGAGGAGGACCCAGAAAUGUACGGUGUCAGGAGAUCGGGCAGAUCACGAAAAGAGGUGGAACGUUUCCAGGUUGCAAAAGUGGAUGAUGACGAGGAGGAGAAACCGAGGAAACGGAGAACAAGCACAUCGACAGGAAGCACCGGAAAAACAAAGAGAAAGGGGUCGGUCUUCUCCUUGAUGAGCAGGAAGAAGGCAUGGUCCAGUAGUAAGCUAAGUGAGACAUCAGAGGAGGAGAGCAGUGAGUCUGACUUUGAGCCAUCCGCAAGGCGCCGAGUGCCGCGAGCCAAGGCUAGGCCUAAAACUAGAACUCAGUCCAGGGGAAGACCCAGAACCACCAAAACUCCCACAAGCCGCAGGAGUGUUGCACAGAGGAAGCGGAAACGGUCUUCCAGCUAUGAUGAUUCUGACAGCGACGCCAAAUCCAAGAGGCAGAGCAGUCGACGAAGUGCCAAAUCAAACAUCAGCUAUAAAGAGGAUGAAAGUAACGAAGAAACCGAUUCGGAUGAGAUCAUAGAAGCAACGGGUGGACAGGACGAAAACGAUAACAGUGAGAUCAUUGAAAGGGUCCUUAAGCACCGCGUCGGACGAAAAGGAAAGACUGGUGGCAUGACAACGACCUAUGCCAUCGAGGCAGACGGCGACCCCAACGAAGACGUUGACCCCAGCGAGGAAGGGGCAGAGACGCAUUACCUCAUCAAGUGGAAGAACUGGGCCCACAUCCACAACACAUGGGAGUCCGAGGGCAGCCUCAAGGAGCAGAAAGUUCGGGGGAUGAAGAAGUUGGAGAACUAUAUCCAACGAGAGAAGGAGAUACAGGAAUGGAAGAAAUUGGUGACUCCAGAAGACAUUGAAUACUUCGAGUGUCAGUACGAGAUGACGCUGCAGCUAUUUGAACAGUGUCAGCUUGUGGAGAGGGUCAUAGCUCAUACAGUCUCGAGCCACGCCGGGCAGCCGGAUUACCUGUGUAAAUGGCAGGGUCUUCCCUAUGCCGACUGCACCUGGGAAGAUGGGGAACUCAUCUCCAGGAACUUCCAGAACUGCAUCGGCGAGUUCCAGCGGAGGAACAAGUCACAGAAGAUUCCAUCCAGGAGUGCCAAGGUUUUGCGACAGCGACCCAGGUUUGUAGCUCUAAAGAAGCAGCCAUCCUACGUUGGAACGGAAGAACUGGAGCUCCGAGACUACCAGCUGGAUGGUUUAAACUGGCUGGCCCACUCCUGGUGCAAGAAGAACAGCGUCAUCCUAGCGGAUGAGAUGGGUUUAGGCAAGACCAUCCAGGUCAUCACGUUUCUCUCCUACCUGUACAAUGCCCACCAGCUGUAUGGUCCCUUUCUCAUUGUGGUCCCACUUUCCACUAUGACCUCAUGGCAGAGGGAGUUUGCAGCCUGGGACCCAGACAUGAACGUGGUGGUGUAUAUCGGGGAUCUGAACAGCAGGAACAUGAUCCGUGAGCAUGAAUGGUGCCAUAACAAUAACAGGAAUCGUUUAAAGUUCAACACCAUCCUUACAACAUAUGAAAUUCUUCUCAAAGACAAGUCUUUCCUUGGUAGCGUUCCCUGGGCCGUACUGGUUGUUGACGAAGCUCACCGGCUCAAGAACGAUGACUCCCUCCUGUACAAGACACUCAAGAACUUUGACACCAACCACCGAUUACUGAUCACAGGAACUCCCCUUCAGAACUCCCUCAAAGAGCUGUGGUCCCUCCUUCAUUUCAUUAUGCCUGAAACAUUUCCCCACUGGGAGAGAUUUGAGGCAGAGUUCUCCUGCGCAGACAAGAACGGCUAUGCCAACCUCCACCGAGAGCUGGAGCCAUUCCUCCUGCGACGAGUCAAGAAGGACGUGGAGAAGUCCCUGCCGGCUAAGGUGGAGCAGAUCCUGAGGGUGGAAAUGAGCACCCUGCAGAAACAGUACUACAAGUGGAUUCUGACGAGGAACUUCCGAGCCCUGACUAAGGGUGUGAAGGGGAGCACCAGCAGUUUCAUCAAUAUUGUCAUGGAGCUCAAGAAAUGCUGUAACCAUCCGCAUCUUGUGCGCAGACCAGAGGAUGGGGACGAAGUCGAGGAAGAGCAGUAUAACCAAGUGGUUAAGAUGAGUGGGAAGGUGGUUCUUUUGGACAAGCUUCUGGUCAGACUCCAUGAGAGAGGCCAUCGUGUCCUCAUCUUCUCUCAGAUGGUCCGUAUGCUGGACAUCUUGGCAGACUAUCUGCGCUACAAACACUUCCCCUUCCAGAGACUGGACGGUUCUAUUCAAGGGGAGCUACGGAAACAGGCCUUGGACCACUUCAACGCUGAAGGAUCCCAGGACUUCUGCUUUCUGUUGUCCACAAGGGCCGGUGGCCUGGGCUUGAAUCUGGCCACGGCAGACACGGUCAUCAUCUUUGACUCUGACUGGAACCCACAGAAUGACAUCCAGGCUAUGGCCAGAGCACACCGGAUUGGGCAAAGGAACCAGGUGAAUAUAUAUCGCUUGGUGACCAAGAGCAGUGUGGAGGAAGACAUUGUCGAGAGAGCCAAAAGGAAGAUGGUCUUGGAUCACCUGGUCAUUCAGAGAAUGGACACAACAGGACGCACCGUGCUGUCCAAAUCCUCCACCUCAGCUAGCCACACACCAUUCAAUAAGGAAGAGCUGGCGGCUAUCCUCAAGUUUGGAGUGGAAGAUCUCUUCAAGGAAGCCGAUGGAGAAGAAUCAGAACAACAGGAGAUGGACAUUGAUGCUAUCUUAGAGAGAGCCGAGACCAGAGAAGCCGAUGAUAAUGGCGGGGCAGGAGAGGAGCUUCUCUCUCAGUUCAAGGUUGCUAACUUCUCCACCAUGGUGGAUGAUGAGGAGAUGGAGACAGUCACCGAGGAUACGGGCAAAGACUGGGAGGACCUCAUCCCAGAAGCUGACCGUCUCAAGGUGGAGGAAGACGAGAAACAGAAGGAGCAACUGCAACUCUAUCUGCCUCCUCGGGUCCGCAAACAGGUCAACAGGAUGACGUACCAGGGCAGUGACUCUGAGGCGUCAGUGACGCGCAAGCCACGCACCAAGCGCCCUCACACUUCCAGCUCCAGCAGUGAGACGGACGAGAGCGACACCGAAAAGAAAAUCAAGAAGCCCCGUGGCCGACCACGCACCACACGCAGGGACGGCGUGCACGGAUUCACUGAUGCCGAAAUCAGAAGAUUUAUCAAGAGUUACAAGAAAUUUGGUGAACCACUGACAAGACUGGAGGCCAUAGCUGGCGAUGCCGAGUUGCAAGAGAAAUCUCAAGCCGAUCUGUUGAAGCUGGGCACCAUGCUCCAUGAUGGCUGUAAAAGGGCCAUCGAGGAGUAUGAGGAACGCCUACGAGAAGAGGCAGACUUUGAUGGUAAGAAGCGAGGAGCAACUCUGAAGAUAUCUGGAGUCACCAUCAACGCUCCAUCACUCCUGAAGCACGAGGAAGAGUUUAAAGCAUUGGUGCAGACCAUUCCAGCUGACCCAGCCCAGAGGAAGAAGUACCAGCUGGAGUGUCGGGCCAAGGUGGCUCACUGGGACGUGGAGUGGGGUGUGGAUGAUGAUUCCAACCUCCUGAAGGGAAUCUAUGAGUAUGGCAUGGGAAGCUGGGAAGCCAUCAAGAUGGACCCAGAACUCAACCUGCAUGACAAGAUUUUAUUACCAGACCCUCAGAAGAAGCCCCAGAGCAAGCAACUUCAGACGAGAUGUGAGUACCUCAUCAAGCUCCUUAAGAAACAACGAGACAAGGAGGAACUUAUAGCUGAGCAACCAAAGAAAAUGCGGAAAUCCAAAGAAACACCAGCGGCAACAGCAGUAGCCGCAACAGCAACGACAGCCGCUGCCGCUGUGGCCCCGGCCCCCGUCAAACGGGAGCCCAAGGCCAAGGCCAACAACCGCAAGAAGGCCGCCCACAACGAAGACACUGCCUCGGAGAAGACCGUCAAAACCAAAGGGAGGAAAGGCGGCCGCAAGAAGGCCGAGGAUAACGGCAAAGAAGAGAAGGAGAACAAGGAGCAAGGAGACGGCAAAAAGAGGAAGAAGGUCAAGACAGAGGAGCCGGAAGAGGAAGGCGAGAUUGUGGACGAUGAGCCUGAGACCAAGAAAGAGAAGAAAGGCAAGGAUAAGACUGACACCAAAGGAGCCAAGAAGGGGCAUAAAGAACUGCCCCCUAUGCACAUCACCGCCCAGCGCAAUCCUGUCUUCAUUGAUCCAACCGGUGAACUAGACGAAGCCACAUUCAGUGCCUGUAAGGAAAAGAUGAGACCCGUCAAGAAAGCCCUGAAGCUCCUGGACAACCCACCAGAGGAGGUGUCUGAGAAGGAACAGGUCAACCACACCAGACAGUGCCUGCUGAAGAUCGGCGACCACAUUGCCGACUGCAUCCUGGACCUGAAAGAUGCCGAUAAGAUCCACGAGUGGAAGGGGUACCUUUGGACUUUUGUGGCCAAGUUCACAGAGUACGAUGCUAAGAAGCUGUACAAGCUCUACAGACAUGCCCAGAGGAAGAGGGACGACGAACGAGAAGAGAUGAAACAUGUCCCUGGAGGGAAUCAACAAGGUCACAAGCAGCGGCCCCCAGAGUGGACGGGGGGUUCCAAACCAAGAGAAGCCUACUACCCGGGAGGUGGGCAAGCCCAGGGCUACAGCCACCCACAGGGAGUCAAGAGACCCCACUCGGGUGGGGAGGGGGCAUCAGACAGACCCAGGGGGGACCGAGACAGUGGUCAUCCUCCCCCUACCAACCCUCGCAUGCACCAACGGCCCCCGGGCUUGGCAGAUCGCUUUGAACACCGUCAGGGGCCGGAUAACCGUGGGCCAUCCAGGGGUCCCUUUAGGGACAGAUAUGGCUCUGGAGACAGCGGCAGCACCUACGGACGCCCUCAUCAGUAUGAUAACCAUCGAUUUGGUAAUAGCUACUCCAGAGACAGAGACGACGGCAUAUCAAGGUAAGGCAAAUUCAUCGGAGACUCCACUGAGUUCUUUGCAGUGCCAUCCUUGCUAAUUUCAGGUUCUCUGUUUCAUUUCAGUGUCAUCUUUGUCAAGACGGUUUCCUCCUUGAAAUUUGGUGACAUUUUGUUCAUCAUGGUGUUUUCUUGAAGCCUGCGUCAUCCUUUUUUCCCAUUUGUCACCAUCGUUAAUGUUAGGCAUAUUAGACCUGUGCAUAGAUGAAAGAGGGCGCUGUUGUAAUAACAACCUCCAUUGGAUGAUAUUCCUGUGGACACACUUUGUUCUUUCCCUUAUAACAUGAAAUG